AGCAACACCGCCGUAGUUUACAAAUGGCGGGUUUGGUUUAACAGGAAACACAAGAGGGAAAGGGAGUACAUUUUGGAGACAUAAUUUAAUGUUGUGAGAAGCCUAAGGGAACCGUCCAAGAUGAAUGUCAAUCUUGGAGAAUAUUUCCGGACAACUUUCGAGGAUAAACUCCUCGUAAAGAUGCCGGAGCGGGAGGAUGACCACCUCACACCUGCUACACGUCUUCUUGAAAAAAGGAGAGAAAUGGCAGAAGUGGAACAAGCUCUUGCAGCACAAAAAGAGGAGUUUCAAAUGAAAAUGGAAAGUUUACAACAGAGAAGAGAAGAAUUAGAACGAAAAGAAUACCAGUUGAAAGAAUCAUUACUGAAAUUUGACCAUUUCUUAAAGGAUAACGACUCAAAACGUGCAAGAGCACUAAAGAAGGCUGAAGAUGAAAGAGAUUCUAAAAAACAGAAAGAUAAAGAGAUAGAUAAAUUGAAAGAUGAAAAAGGUUCUUUGUUAAAAGAAAAAGAAAAACUUCAAACCAAAUUAGAAAAAUACACAAUAUUCCACAAAUACAUGGAAAAAACACUGGAAGCUGGUGAGGAAUUCCAUGAGAUGAGAGAUAUCAUUGCUAGACAUGAUACACUUGUGGCAACUCAUGGUGACUUGAUGGAUCGAGAAAACCAGAACCAAUCUGUGAUUGAACAACAGAGACAGAACUUAAUGAAAUACACUGAGGAGAAAAAUAACCAAAUUCUCUCCUUCAACAAUCUCCUAUCUGGCCUACAAACCCGAUUAGAUGAAGCCCAGAGUGAGGCUGUUUUCUGGGAAUCAAAGUGGACACAUAUAAAAAAUACAGCUGCCAAGAAAACUUUGGAGCUUGGCAGAAUCAAGAUGGCUGCACACAAUUUAUACCAGCUUGUGAAGCGACACCAGAAACAGACCAGCUCAGAGGAAGACACUGCAGAACAGCUGCACCAGGUUCAGAUGUUCCUAGAAGAUCUGACAGAUAUUUGCAAGGAGCUCAAAAGAUCGGACACCUUGACAUCAAGCUUUCUAACAUCUUCAUAAGCAGACCUCUAUACCUCCACUCAAGCAUGUCGUGUUCUGCCAUUUUCUUCAUGCAUCAUGCUUUCUCUUGAUGUUCUUCUCUGUCCUGUUUCUAUAGUAAUCAGCAUGCAAUUCAUUACACAGUUUUAAGGUGAUAUGUUGAAGUGAAGACAUUUUAUCGAUUGCAAAUUAAAGGUAACGUUCCUGGAGUGGCCACAUAUAAUUUAAUUUGUGGUUUAACAUACGAUGUGCACAUUCGUCAAUUAUCAUAUUGGCGUUUAAUGUACCGUAUAUUAUCAUCUAUCGACAUAUCACCUUAAAUCUGUUGGACUUUCUGACAGCUGUACUGGAAAUAAGCGCGAAAGAUAUUUAUAGAAAUAUGUUCCCCAUAUUAAUUGCCCCCAACAGAGAUUUAGAAUGUUGAUUGAUUUUUCAGAUCCGAAUGUUCAUACAAGACCUUACAGUUAUCACCAACGAGAUUCGCCGGAUGGAACUCUCUGGUGCUUCAAUCGCUCCACCGUCAUCCAGUUAAAUUCUACCUCUGUCGACUGUAUUCACUCAGAUCAAUUCUGUCUUAGAUAUUCUGGAAGUGUAUUGAUAUCUAAUGUUGAUUCCUGUAAAACACAUUGUCACAUUCUCUUAAUACUAUCGUUAAGUUAUUUUUUAGUUUGAAUAAUGAACUAUCAAUAUUCUAUUAUGGUUUUGAAUUGUUUGUCUAAAGUUGGUUUAGUUAUUCAUUGAUUCUCCAUUUGAAAUGCCGCCCUCACCGGUCUUGUGAUCACAACACGUGAUAUUAUUCUACAUGUAUACAAUUGUAUUAUGUAUACAUUAAUUUUGGACUUUAUAAUGAGGUUGACACAAUAUUUCGUGAACCAGAAGUAUUUCUAAAACCUAUCAAGAAGAUUAUAUUUUAUGAUCUCAAAGGAUUUUUUCAUUCUGCACAUCGAUGUAUAUUUGUUUACAUGUAAUUUGUUAAAAAAUGAAAUAUUGUUUUACUCUUAACGUCAGAACUAUUAUGUAGAAAAAAAGGGUUGGGUUUUCGUGGACCUUGUUAUCGCGAGAGAUGACAGGAACAUUAAUUUCAAAUGAUUUUUACUGAAUAUUGCUUGACAUUAAUAGAACUUGGUGAAAUGAGAUGUUUAUAACACAAAUCUAUAAUGUAUAACGUGGAAUAAUUCAAACUCGCUUUUAUAACGUAUGUUUUACCAUCUUCAGAUGGUAAGAGAGCUGUGGUUUACAGUUAUUAUUUGUUUCAAGGAGAUAGAGAGAGAGAGAAAGGGAGAGAGAGAGAGACAGAGAGAGAGAGAGAGAGAGAGAGAGAAAAAG